AUGGCGACGGGUUGUCCGAUUUUGAGGAGUUCAAGAAUAAGGACUUUGGAGUGUACGUUUGAUUUGAAUGGCGAUGGGUUGUUCGAUUUUGAGGAGUUCAAGAAUAAGGAUUUUGGAGUGUUUGAUUUGAAAGGUGAUGGGUUGUUCGAUUUUGAGGAGUUCAAGAAUAAGGAUUUUGGAGUGUUUGAUCAUUUGAACGGCGAUGGGUUGUUCGAUUUUGAGAAGUUCAAGAAUAAGAAUUUUGAAGUGUUUGAGAUGAAUGGCGAUGGGUUGUUCGAUUUUUGGGAGUUCAAGAAUAAGGAUUUUGGAGUGUUUGAUUUGAAUGGUGAUGGCUUCAUUUCAUAUGACAAACUCCAGAAUGUGCUGUCAAGAUUAGGGUAA